AUGCUUCAAAAACUUGUUUGGUUCUGUCUCUAUGGCCUCACAUUGGCUCUCGCCGCCGCCGCCGCCGCCGCCACCACCAUAAUCUCUAAACCAGGCUGCGAAAGCCAAUGUGGAAACCUAACAGUUCGAUACCCAUUUGGCAUCGGCAUAGGAACGGGUUGUUCCAUUGACCCAGUAUUCGAUAUCAACUGCAGUACUUCAUUCAAUCCUCCGAAACCCUUCUUGAACACAGGCAAGCUCGAAGUAAUCAACAUAUCGGAGACCCAAUUACGCGUUAAGACGCGGAUUGCUGCCGAAUGCUAUGAUCAAAACGGCGGGUUGACCUCAUCAAACACGGUGGGGAUUAAUUUAGCUUCUCAAUACUUCGCCUUCUCCGAUACAAACAAGUUCACGGUCAUCGGCUGUGACGAUUUAGCAAUAAUAGCAACGACAGCAGCGACAAUUGGGCGUAACUUUAGCAGUGGGUGUAUCUCCCUCUGUUCAGCGAGUGAGUACGUAACUAGCGGUAAUUGUUCUGGGAUUGGUUGCUGUAACAUUCCGAUACCAACGGGUAUACAGGCUUUUGGCGCUGCCUUGGGCAGUCUGAACAAUCACACCAAUGUCUGGUCCUUUGCGCGUUGCGGUUAUGCUUUUCUUGGCGAGCAAGACAGCUUUACAUUUGGCGGCGCGUCAGACUUUUCCGACCCGACAUUCAAGAACAGGACAGAGUCCAGUGUUCCAAUAGCGAUCGACUGGGUUAUUGGGAAUCAGAGUUGCAGUGAAGCGCAAAGUUCAGGAGCUUUGAUCUGUCAAGCAAAUAGCACCUGUGCUGAUUCAUUUUCAGACAAAGGAUUGAGAGGGUAUAGCUGUAGCUGCUUAAAAGGCUAUGAAGGCAAUCCCUAUCUCAGUCCCUGCCAAGGGAAACGAAAAAACGAUUCUGCCGUACGUGAAACAAUCGCGGGCUCACUCGGAGGGAUAGUCGAGGCCUGUUGUUUACAGCCUGUUGAUGUCAUCAAGACUAGGCUUCAACUCGACCGGUCCGGUUCAUACAAGGGAAUUAUCCACUGCGGCGCGACGGUGAUUCGUACUGAAGGUGUGAGGGCACUUUGGAAGGGUUUAACUCCUUUUGCAACUCAUUUGACCUUGAAGUAUGCGCUUCGGAUGGGGUCCAAUGCAGUGCUUCAAUCAGCGUUCAAGGAUCCGAAGACGGGGAACGUGAGUCCUCAUGGGAGGGUUCUUGCUGGGUUCGGUGCUGGCGUUAUUGAAGCUCUAGUCAUUGUCACACCAUUUGAGGUGAGUGGAUUCACUUGUACUUAA